UCGAGUUCCAAAUGCCAUGUAAAAAAAAAAAAAAAAAAAAUUUGUUGAUUAACAGUUGGUAUUGAAAAGAUCGUAAAAUAUAUUUCAUUGUUGAUUCCGAUGUAUAGGGCUUUCUGAUGGGAAAUGCAAUUAAUCAAUUACAACGAAUCCUCGAGAAUUUAGGGACAUGUUGGAAAAAGUACGGACCAAGAGGAUCGAAUGGAGAGGAGCUUCUCGAUAAAGCCUACAAAACUCUAUUAAUGUGCAGAAUUUACUUAUUCACGUCUUUUGUUACUUACCUUGCAUUAACCGCGCUACCGUUUAUAAACUUUUGCUUUCAAUACCUCAACGGGGAGACAACGAAUGGUACCUACGAUUUCUCUAAAUGGAUGAUACUUAUGAAAUAUCCCUUCGAGAUACAAAGUGUUUCCAUCUAUUUUCUGGUUACAUUUAUAGAAGAAAAUUUUUUAUUAAUAACUGCUACUUUCUGGACCAGCGGCGAUUGCCUAUUCGCCACAGUGACAACUCAAAUUUGUAUACAAUUUGACGUAUUGAAGUGUGAUAUCCAACACCUAAGUAUGGGGGAUGUGAUAAAUAAGCAUCAGGAACUAUUAAAGUAAUAAGGUGAGCUUUUAAGCACGUGUUAGUAUGAUGAAGUUUUUUCUGCAGUUCACGUCAUAGCAAUUAAAUACGAUUUCUGGCCAACACUUUGUCACUUUUAUGCUUCAGUUCCUUUUUACUUUUAGUUUUGCCAAACAGGCAUCGUACUAAUUGAUUCACUUUGGCCAAUCAGAAACUGUCCUGCUUUGUUUGAUCACUCCCUUAACGUGGACAUCACUAAUAACCACAAGUUUGCGAAAAAAACUUCUUUAUAACUAAUCUGUGUGUGUGAUGAGCAAUGCCGAUUUCAUAUUGGCUUAGUCUACAUUAAUAUCAAAUAGAAAAAUUCUAAAUUUUAUAAUUAAUUUAUCAUUCAUAACCAAACUGUGUUAUUUAGUUGAAGACAUAUUCAGCCCGAUCAUUUUUUCAACGUCAUUAUUAUCGGCCUUGAACAUGUGUGUUAACCUUGUCGGUAUUCGAGAGGUUUUGAAUAUGUCAUGAUAACUUUUGUAUUCGUUAGCAUCCUCUAAUUCUUUAUACCUAUUUUAAGACAGUUGCAAGAGAGUAUUAUGAAGAAGCAGGAAUGUACUUUUUUCUGUUUAUUUGCACAUUAUUGCAAGUUCUAUUCUAUUGUACUUUUGCAAAAUCCCUUACU